AUGAGGACAAUCAGUUGGAACUGUCGAGGGAUUGGAAACGACCUUACAGUUCGACGCCUUACGGAGAUGUGUCAGAAGCAUCGCCUAGGACUCGUGUUUCUAUCUGAAACGGAGAAUAGGAGGCUGCUGUUGCAAAACUUUCAGACCGACUUAGGAUUUGAUCAUUUGUUUACCGUUGAGCCACUUGGUCUCAGCGGAGGUUUAGCUCUUUUUUCUAUGGAUGAAUUUCAAGUUAAUGUUUUAUUUUCAAAUAACAGAAUGAUUGACAUUGAGACAGUCAUUGAUGGAAUAAAAGUCUUUAUGACGUUUGUUUAUGGGGAUCCUGUACUAGAACGAAGAGAUCAUGUUUGGGAACGUCUUACGCGUUUCUCAACAACAAGAACUGGACCUUGGUUUAUGAUAGGUGAUUUCAAUGAGAUUACUGGUCAUUAUGAAAAAGAAGGAGGCAGACAACGUACUGAUAGCUCUUUUCUACCUUUUAAGCAAAUGCUAAGUGAUUGUGGGAUGCUAGAAUUUCCAUUCACUGGAGAUAUGCUAUCAUGGGUUGGUAAGAUGGCAUGGAGAGUAACUGUUAGAUGUCGUCUGAACAGAGCAGUAGGAAAUGCUGACUGGCAUGAGAAGUUCCCUCAUUCGAAGACGAAGUACAUGAGGUUAUGGGGUUCGGAUCAUCGUCCGAUACUUGCUGACAUCCUCAAAAAACCAUCCAGGAGAUCGAGGAAAUUUAAGUUUGACAAAAGAUGGUUGGACAAUGAGGAACUGAGACAACUUAAAGAAAAAGUGGAAGGUCUAUAUGCAGAUGAUGAUGCCACAACAGAGGAGAUUGCAGCAGUUUUGAAGGAGCUUUCUGAUGCUCUUAAGGCAGAAGAAAUGUUCUGGAAACAAAAGUGUCGUGUAUUUUGGCUAAGGAAAGGAGAUCACAACACGAAAUUUUUCCAUGCCUUAACAAAACAAAGAAGAGCAAGGAACAAGAUCACUCAGCUUCUGGAUGAAAAUGGAAAUAUUGUGGAAGAUGAAGAAGGAUUAGUAGCCAUUUCUACUAGUUAUUUUAGACAGAUCCUUGAGUCUACUAAUCCAUUGGAUAUUGAAGAAGCUCUAUCUGAAGUUCCUACGACAAUAACGGAGCCAAUGAACGAAAGUCUUACAGCACCGGUAAUGGAGUGGGAGAUUAAAUUAGCACUCUUUACUAUGCAUCCAGAAAAAGCCCCGGGGCCAGAUGGGAUGACUGCACUGUUCUACCAGAAGUUCUGGGAUAUAGUAAAGGAUGAUUUAACUUUUAUGGUUAAUAAGUUCCUUACUGAAGGGAUAAUGCCCGAGGGACUGAAUGAAACUAAUAUUUGUCUCAUCCCAAAGACAACAAAACCUAAUGAAUGGCUCAGUUUCGGCCUAUUAGUUUGUGCAACGACCAAGCCAAGCAGACGCAACAAGAGAAUGGCUAUUAAAACAGAUAUGAGUAAAGCCUAUGAUAGGAUGGAGUGGUCAUUUAUUGAAGCUGUGAUGAGAAAGAUGGGUUUCUCAGAAACUUGGAUCACAUGGAUCAUGAGAUGUAUUACGUCAAGGAUUAAUGCAACCACAAGGCAAGAGAUCAAAGAUGUACUUGGACUACAGAAUGAUGGAGGGAUGGAGACUUACUUGGGUAUUCCAGAAGAUAUUAGUGGUUCAAAAUGCAAGCUCUUUGCCUUCCUAAAAGAUAAACUAAUGCAUAGAGUGAAUGGCUGGACAGGUCGCUGGCUCUCAAAAGGUGGAAAAGAAGUAUUGAUUAAAUCCAUUUUUCUUGCUCUUCCAACUAUUUCCGCUGCGAGGGAGCUUUUGUUGCUGGGGAUAAGACAUAAAAUUUACUCUGGUUAUGAGGUUAAGGUGUGGGAGGACCCCUGGAUUCCAUUGAAUUCUGCUAGGCCAGCUAUACCUAUAGCGCCAGUUAUGCAUUCAAAUAUGAGAGUAAGUGAUCUUAUUGAUCAGGAGCUGAAGGAAUGGGAUAUUAAUCUACUGGAACAAUAUGUCAGCCCUGAUGACAUACCCCUUAUAAGGAGUUUAACCAUAAGCACAACUCAUAGACCUGACACAUUUUGCUGGAAUUUCACAAGACAUGGAUAA